GGAGGAACGCACUAGGGACGGCGGUCGUGAUCGUGGUGACAGUCAUCGAGACGGGGACCGGAGGGAUAGGCGGGAUGAUCAUAAAGGGGAGCGCAGCUCUCGUUCGAAUGGCCACUCUGACAUAUCAAGAAGACCAAACGAUCUGAAGCAUGUAGACAGAGAAAGAACAACUACAAACGGCCAUCCUUCUGUGAGGGAGGAGCCCCACAUGAAUGGUGACAUUCGGGAGACAUUCAGAGAACGUUCGCGCUCUGACGAGGAGAACAGAAAGCCUUAUGAAGCCCCUGUUCCCAUCCAAGUGCAUGCGCAACCUCCCUCUACAAAGCCUGAUGCUGAACCACAGGCGGUGCCGGCAGUCCCGACAGACGACGCGUCGGAAUUUACAUUCGGGGAGGACGAUGAAGAGAAACAGAUUGAAGAGAGGCGAAAGCGACGAAUGGCCAUCCUCCAGAAGCACCAAUCGGAACCGAAAAUUGCAUCGCCUGCUGCGACCGCCGUCAUCCACUCCGCUUCGCGAACCGUUUCAUCAGAUUCUCCUCUACCAAUAUCUCUGCAACAGUCCACCGUCGACAUGCCCAUUGACAACGUCGACUUUUCGCUCUUCAAAGACGGGAAGGAGGGCCAAUCGGAAGCGGAAGCCUCAGACGACGUCCUCGGCGCGGACUAUGAUCCGAAUGCGGACAAACUGGCCGAUGAGGUAAAACUGGCACAAAGAAACUUGGGCAAGGCCGCCAAAGACGAGCUCUUGCACACGAAAGAUGCGAGAGAAGGGGCCGUCUCGAAACAUACUGGCGGUAGCAUUAAUAAUAACGAAGAGGACGUCUCUGCUGCAGAUUACAGAGAGACUGGUGAUGCCUCCCCCAAGGCCAAGGCUCUGGGCAACUCUGGUGUCGACCCGAUCCUUGUUGAGGACAAGUCCGCCGAAGAUGACAUGUUCGCUGAGGAUGACAUGUUUGCUGAAAACGAUAUGUUCGCUCCGGAGGACAAGUUCAACAAGAAGCGGGAAAAUGCACAUAUCCUCGACUCUGCACCAGUGCUACGGACGGCAGAUAAUCCCGCUCUAACCGACAACUGGGAUGACCACGAAGGCUAUUACCGCACCAUUCUCGGGGAGGUACUUGAGGGCCGGUACCACGUGUACAGUGUUCUCGGCAAAGGUGUGUUCUCAUCUGUGGUGAAAGCACAAGAUACCCAGAAUGGAGACGCCGAUGUAGCCAUUAAGCUGAUCCGGAAUAAUGAUACCAUGUAUCGCGCUGGUAUCAAAGAACUUUCGAUCCUCAAGAAGUUGAUGCUGGCUGAUCCGGACGGUAAAAAGCAUGUGAUCCGUCUGAUACGGCAUUUUGAGCACAAGAAUCACCUCUGUCUUGUUUUCGAAUCACUGAGCAUGAACCUCCGCGAAGUCCUUAAAAAGUUCGGAAAAGACGUGGGCCUGAACAUCAAAGCCGUGCGCAUCUACGCGCAACAGCUCUUUCUCGCGCUGUCAUUACUCAAAAAGUGUAACAUUCUGCACGCUGACAUCAAGCCGGACAACAUCCUCGUCACAGAGUCGAAGAGUACCCUCAAACUGUGUGAUUUGGGAUCUGCUUCCGAUGUCUCGGAGAAUGAUAUCACGCCGUAUCUUGUCAGUCGGUUCUACAGAGCGCCAGAAAUCAUCCUCGGCAUGCCCUACGACUCGGCCCUCGACGUCUGGUCCGUCGCAUGUACCCUGUACGAGCUGUACACGGGCAAGAUCCUGUUCCCAGGCCGCACCAACAACCAGAUGCUGAAGCUCAUGAUGGAUGCCAAGGGCAAGUUCCCCAACAAGAUGUUGAGACGCGGUCAGUUCACGAAUAUGCAUUUUGAUGAUGAUAAUGCGUUCUUGAUGGGGGAGGUUGAUAAGGUUUCUGGAAAGGAUGUGAUCCGCAAAGUCGUAAUCACCAAGCCCCAAAAAGACCUCAAGACCCGCCUGUUGGGCUUUGAGACCUCGAAAAUGUCCGAGGACGACCGAUACCUCGUUGUGCAGUUUGCGGAUUUUCUGGACAGGGCGUUGACCCUUAACCCAGAGAAGAGGUUGACGGUCAAGGAAGCGCUUGUGCACCCGUUUUUAGCAGCGAAGCCGCCGUCUGCUAGUGUGUGAAUGGUGAACACUGGUGUGAUGGUUAAAAUUACGCUAUGGUAUGCUCUUUGAGUCUGCCCUCACGGUGGGAAUUCGAGCCCGCGGGAGAUGAUUA